CCCCCUCUCCGGAAGUAGCCACGGGGCUAAGGUCUGGUCACGUGAGGCGUGUCGUCACUACCCUGCCUGAUAGCAAUGUAGCCAGUUCCGGAAUGCCAGAUCGACUUGCCGUGUCUGUGCCAGGAGGCGGAGCCGAUGACCGAGCUGCGAAGAGAGCUGGGACACGUCUGGCUCCCCCAGGGUCUGUGCGCCGGACGUUCCCUCUCCUGCUGACCCUCCCGGGGUGUUCCUGUGUGCCGGGCCGCUCUCACCUGCUGACCCCCGAGUCUUCCAGGCAGGCAUGUGGGAUCCCCGGGCUUACCCCUACGGAGGAGAAGGAUGGCAACCUGCAGGACAUUGUGAACAGCGGGAGUUUGCACGAGUUCCUGGUGAACUUGCACGAGAAGUUUGGGCCUGUAGCUUCCUUCUGGUUUGGUCGGCGACUGGUUGUCAGCCUGGGGUCUCUGGAUUUGUUACGUCAACACAUCAACCCUAACAGAACGUCGGAUCCCUUCCAGAUGAUGCUGAAAUCUCUCUUGGGCUACCAGUCGGGAGUCAUUGGUGAAGUGGCGGAGAGUCAUCUGCAGAAGAAGCUGUAUGAGAAUGCCAUCAAUAGGUCUCUGCAAAGCAACUUCAGCAUAAUAAUAAAGCUUUCCGAGGAGUUGCUGGCAAAGUGGAGCUCGUACCCUCAGUCUCAGCAUGUGCCCCUGUGCCAGCACAUGCUAGGCUUUGCCAUGAAGUCUGUCACUCAGACAGCAAUGGGCAGCAGCUUCGAAGAUGAUCAGGAGGUUAUCCGAUUCCGCAAGAACCAUGAAGCCAUAUGGUCUGAGAUCGGGAAGGGUUUCCUCGAUGGCUCAAUAGAAAGGAGCCCCAGUCGGAAAAAGCAGUAUGAAAAUGCUCUGAUGGAGAUGGAAACCGUGCUGAAGAAAGCCAUCAAGGAGCGCAGGGGGAAGAGCCCCGGACGUCACGUGUUCAUGGAUUCCUUGCUGCAGGGGAACCUGAGUGACAAGCAGGUCCUGGAAGACAGUAUGAUCUUCUCCCUGGCGGGCUGCGUGAUCACCGCUAACCUGUGCACGUGGGCCAUCUAUUUCCUUACAACUGCUGAAGGCAUACAGGAGAAGUUCCACAAGGAGGUGACCUCGGUCCUGGGUAAAGGACCAAUCACAAUGGAGAAGUUGGAACAGCUCAGCUACGGACGUCAGAUACUGUGUGAGACGGUCAGGACCGCCAGCCUCACCCCCAUUGCUGCCCGCCUGCAGGAGCUGGAAGGGAGAAUAGAGCAACACCUCAUUCCUAAAGAGACGCUGGUGCUGUACGCGCUUGGUGUAGUUCUCCAGGAUAGUGCGGCCUGGCCGUCUGCCUACAGAUUCAGCCCGGACAGAUUUGAUGAGGAAUCGGCCAAACAGAACCUCGCACUGUUGGGUUUCUCAGGAAGCCAGGAGUGUCCUGAGCUCAGAUUUGCCUACAUGGUGGCAAUGGUCCUUCUCUGUGUCCUCGUGAGGAAGCUGCAUUUACUGCCUGUGGAAGGUCAGGUUAUGGAGAGCAAGUAUGAGCUAGUAACGUCUCCAAAAGAAGAGGCCUGGAUCACAGUGUCAAAGAGGAGCUGAAGCAGCCGCCAGUCCUUGCCCCCCCCCCCCACCAUCAGCUGGAGACGCCGAGAAACUAUCCUUUCAGAAUGCAGGAAGUUGGCACCUCCUCCAGCGGCAAUCUGUGACUGUUCCGGCAGUCGUCUGGCUGUAUAACCCUGCCUGACAUUAAUGCACAACUUGAGUAACGCUGACACUGCCUUUCUCUAGUCCCACUCACUUCGUAAUGGAGGAUGAUGUCUGACAUCCAGAAUUGUUCUCAUUUUAGCUGGCUCGGAGAUGGCCGCCUGCGUGAGAACAAGGCCUUUUCCGCCUGCGCAGUGUAACAUGUAAUAUUCAUCCUUACAAUAAUAUAGGCAGUCUCGUCCCACAGUUACCUGAUACAGUGUAAAGGUGCAUAGAAAAUUGUCUCCUCUCUAUCAGACCACGUUCUAGCGGAUUACUGAGCUGCUAACGCCAUAUUGCCGUUACUGCGUCAGCAUUAAAUACAUUCGUCAGGAAUCCGAUUUCAUCGUCCUCCGCAUUUGCAGAAUACAAUCGUAUACUAACGUAUACUUAUCCCCAUUCCUUUACCGGUUACUGUGUGUAUUAUGACUCUUCCAGCUGAACUUCUAAUUGUUCCUACCGUGGAGAGAUCGCCUGCAGGUGUAAGUCUCAAUUCUUUUGUUUAAGAUCUUGGCGAGUAUUUAUCUCCAUCCAGCUGGGAUGCGCUGACUACGCCCCAAAUCGCACACGGUAAUUAAAAUGACUCCUUGCACUUAGUAAAGUUGGGGAUCCCCCUCUUACAGGAUUGUGUUGGAGUAGCUCAUAGGCCAUCUAAAGAUUGCGUCAGCUUCUGGUGCAAAGCGCUAUAAAUCUGGUACUUACAGAAAACAGACCUUUCCAGGUGAUUCCCCGCAAAAUAACGAUGACAAAUGCGCCUCCUAAUGUCUAACAGUGCAUCGCUCUUUUUUUUUUUUUUUUUUUAUUGCUCCAAGUGGUGUUGCAUAAAAAAGUUAUUAGAAAUGUGUGACAACUGAUCGUAAUGCCGCCGCCUGAAUCCUGCUCACCAGAUCUAACUUGCGGGAGUGCGGUCAGCUAGCUGGCGUGAGUGCGGUCAGCGUCAAGUAGGAGGAAAAAAAAAGAAAGCCGCGCUGCCAAGUUUUAUUGUCCGUAUUGUAAUCUGCCCCUAGAAACCCGAUGUGUUUGUGUAAUGAAUGAAGGCAUAGCGCAGUAUCUGCCAGCGGAACGCACCGUAAUCGGUUGUGUAACAGUGAUAUAUAAACGGAGCAUCUCUAGAGCUGUCUUAUAGAAGAGUGCCACGCAGAGCAUUCUAGCUACAAGUCCACCAUCCACGUGGGGCAGCCGCUGCGUUACUGGAAUAUACUAUAAGUCCAUGUAUGUACCUCUGGGGAAUCUGCCCAUUUAGUGUUUAUGUUGUACACACUAGACGACGGUAGUCCUAUAAUGUAGCAGUGAUAUAUAGGAAUAUAUACCACCUGUGCCUUUCUCCGCACGCGGUGCCUCUGUAAGCGGCAGCACCAGGAAAUGUGUUUGCUGCACAAAGAUAUUUAAAGUUGGUUAAAAUUACUCAGAAAAGAAAAAAGCACAAAAUAAACUUUUGUCAUUUUCA